AAGGGACGUCACUUCCGCGGCCCCGGCCUCUUUCCGCCAGCCCCAGCGUGGCAUCCAUACGGCGUCGUAACCGGUUCCCGUCGUAACUUUCAAGGGAAACUUUCACGAUGUCCGGAGCCCUCGAUGUCCUGCAGAUGAAGGAGGAGGAUGUCCUCAAAUUUCUUGCUGCAGGAACCCACUUAGGUGGCACCAACCUUGACUUCCAGAUGGAACAGUAUAUUUACAAAAGGAAGAGCGACGGGAUCUACAUCAUAAAUCUGAAGAGGACGUGGGAGAAGCUCCUCCUGGCCGCCCGGGCUAUCGUCGCCAUCGAAAACCCCGCCGACGUCAGUGUCAUCUCUUCUAGGAACACCGGGCAGCGCGCCGUGCUGAAGUUCGCGGCGGCCACCGGGGCCACCCCCAUCGCCGGGCGCUUCACCCCCGGCACCUUCACCAACCAGAUCCAGGCGGCCUUCCGCGAGCCGCGCCUCUUGGUGGUGACGGAUCCCCGGGCCGACCACCAGCCGCUCACGGAGGCCUCCUACGUCAACCUCCCCACCAUCGCCCUGUGCAACACGGACUCCCCCCUGCGCUACGUGGACGUCGCCAUCCCGUGCAACAACAAGGGGGCCCACUCCGUCGGUCUGAUGUGGUGGAUGCUGGCGCGGGAAGUCCUGCGCAUGCGGGGCACCAUCUCCCGCGAGCACCCGUGGGAGGUCAUGCCGGAUCUGUACUUCUACAGGGACCCAGAGGAGAUCGAAAAGGAAGAACAGGCGGCAGCCGAGAAGGCCGUGACCAAGGAGGAGUUCCAGGGCGAAUGGACCGCGCCGGCCCCGGAGUUCACCGCCGCCCAGCCCGAGGUGGCGGACUGGUCCGAGGGCGUGCAGGUGCCGUCGGUGCCCAUUCAGCAGUUCCCUACCGAAGACUGGAGCGCUCAGCCCGCCACAGAAGAUUGGUCCGCUGCUCCCACGGCCCAGGCCACCGAGUGGGUGGGAACUACCACCGAAUGGUCUUGAGUGGAAACCUCUCCCUCUUCGGCGGAGUGCCGUGAAACAAAAAAAGAGGAAGAUUAAAGAUCCGAUUUCUUAUACCUCGA